AUGAGAGUAAUAUGUGUAUACAUAAUUUUAGUAAAGCUAGUGUGUAGCAUAAAGUUGGAGAAUCACGGGAGCCAACACACAAAAUAUAUAGGAGCGCAGCUGAUGUGUAGCAAGAAUGAACCGCCGGCAGUGGAGAGAAAAAGGGAGCCGGAAAACAGAUGGAAGACAGCGUCUUUUGACAUAUACAGACUUAAGCUGAAGAGCCUCAUGCUGAGGAUAUACAUAAAGCUCAACAACAUGAUGAUAAGGUACUACCUAAACCAGAUCAAGAGGGAACUUUACGAGGACUUCAACCGCCUGUUUAGCAGAAACAAGGAAUCCACUCAGUCUUCUAACUAUCCGCUAGUCGGAAACACGUGGGUCGUGGAAUUCAAAAAAGACCCGGAAGUAGAGGGCCUAAAUAACGCGAGGGAGAAGAUGCAGUUUUUCGACGAGGGAACGGUAGUAACGUCCUCGGGGCUGAAAGGAACCUGGUGGACAGACUACGGAGAUCUGGUGUGGAAAUUCCCAGUGAAAAGCAAAGAGGAGAAGUACGUGUAUUUUAGCGCACAGUUCUACGUAAAUAAGCUGGACCGGAGGCCGUACAUGAGGCGGGGUGUCGUAUUCAAAGACAGAUCAAGCAACAAAUGGCUGCCUAAGCGUAUGUUCAGACCAGUGAUAAAGUGUAUAAGCUUAAGCGAAAAUUUUGUGAAAAAAGAAAAUAAUGAGUGGUCGAAAGAUACGUUGUAG